GGCUUGCGUCUCGUCCUCUGCCUACCUUUCCUCAUAGCAUAUCUACUUUCUUGUCUACCCUCAUCAUUAUAAUUAUAUUGUCUGGUUUUAAUCUCACAACCUUUAAUUCAAAACGUAUAAACUUUACAGUCAGUAUUGAAGCCCAACUUCAAGAUGAAUCCCUAUGAAGUCGAACAUAACAUAAAAGCGUCUUCGCAGUCAUCUCGACCUCGUCGUCGUCCUUCUAUGUCCUCCUUCUUCAACCAAUUAUCGCAAUGUGAAACUUCGACUUCCACUACUGAUCCAAACUGGCAUCACAAUAAUCCUCAUGCUGUUCCUACUCCCGUCGACGUAGCAGCCUCCUACCGCCUCCUCCAAGACCAAUUUCUAACCCUCCGCACCAAUGACCCCUCCUCCACCACAGCCCCUCUUCUCGACCUUCUUAUCUCCUCCAUAACAUCUCAAAUCGACUCACCGCCCACCACAAUUUCCGGUUGUUCUCAAGCCUACCUCGAUACCAUCGAUCGCAUUCCUCGCUCCUCCCUAAAAGCAGAUGAAACAUGUCCGAUUUGUGGUGAAAAGUUUCUGGACGAUCAAUACUGUUUAGUCGUUGUAUUACCAUGUCAUGAAACUCAUAAAUUUGAUUUAGAGUGUGUGGGCCCAUGGUUGAGAUUGAACGGGACAUGUCCUUUGGAUAGGAAGAAGGUUGGCGAUGGAGAGGAGAGGGGGAAGGAGGCGGAGAGGGAGAGGGAGAGGAUGAGGAGGGGCGUGGAAGGCCUGGGAUUCGGGACUGGUGGGGAGGGAAGGAAGGAGGAGGAGGAGCAAAGAAGAAAGAGAGACGAGGAAGAAGAAAGCGACGGUGACGACGGAAUGUAUGCUUAAGGUCUUGCCGGGGUAAAAAUUGCGAAAUAGAAAUGCAUGAGUUUAUUGCAGCGGAGGAUGGAUGGAUAGCAUGACCCGAGGCCAAAGGGAGUACGCAAUCUGCAAUUGAUGCAGUUGAGUACUUAGGCCGCACAAGACCAGCAGCGAGUAUAAGUGAUUUAUAAGGAGAUACCACAUUUGGUCACAAAUUGGUGAGACAGAUGUUAGGGACUUGGGAUACCCUCUUGCAAAUAGUAAACAAGCAAUGAUAUAGCA